GUUUCUAAACUGAGCAUCUUUUGACAGGGCAUUAACGUCGGUUCUGUUGGUCUAUAAAUGUCUGUUGUCUAUUAAAAACAUUGAAAAGCCAAGCGAAAAGUGGAGAAAUUGUUAUUCCAAGUGUCUUACAAGGUAUUUUAAUAUGAAUGGACGAUUAUUCAUGAAAGUGGUGCGAGGACCUUUUUUUUACUAAAUGGAAUAGUACUAGUCAAAAAGCUUGAUUCCUGUCGGGUUUCUUCACAAAAUCUAUUAAUGGAUUCCACGAGUACAUUUUCCAGUAGUCCAAGCGCUAUAGAGAAAUUGUCAAAGAAGUCUGUGAGGCUUCGAAAUAAGUCAUACAUCUCCAAGGUGCCUGACAAGCCUAAACCCCCAUCUCAGAAUUACAGUAGGAAUUACAGGCACUCAAACUGUACCCCAUCCACUUUAAGAAAAGUUAAUAAUUGGAUAAGUAGCUUGAAUACUAUAAAUGAUAAUCCCAGGCAACAUGCUGAAAAUAACCCUUGCCAGUCCAAGCUCGAUUGUCAAAUAGUCCUGGAUCCUGAGUAUUAUUACACUGAGAAGGAAGAUAAGAUGCUAGAGGAUGAAAUAGCGCAAUACUGCACCUCACCAUUUCGCAAGUACAGACCACACGAGAGGUUAUCGAACUCACAUGCGGCCAGGGACUAUGUGACCGAUUUAUUUGACCAUCAAGCAGAAAAUUCCAAUGUGAAACCGAACAAAAGACGUCGCCUGCUCCAAUCCAAUAUGGUAGAAAAAGAGGUGGAUAUUUCGGACUCUGGGAGUGAACUGUCUCUCAGUCCCGAGAAUGAAAAGAAAAAGGAGUUGUGCAGCUAUUUGCAACUAAUGAAACCCUCCGAUAAGAAAACGAUUAUGAUUUUGCAGAAUCGUCGAUCGGUGAGGGUGAAGAAUUUGACUAUAAUGCAAGAAAAGAAGGAAUUGGAAAAGAAGCUAAGAGAAGAAUCCGAGGAUACUGGGGAUAAUUUAUUAAAAUUGCCGACAGACUCUGAUGAUGGUGAUAAGCGAGACAAGUGGCUUAAGUAUAGGGGUCAGCAGCAGGAGGCAAAUUUUAAUUUUCCCAAGCCAGAGGAGCACUUAGCAAGUAUUUUAAAAGAUUUCGAUGUAACUGCAGAAGAUUGGUUCAAGGAUUAUAAAAGGCAAUCUAAUCAGAAGAUUAAUGGAUAUGAUGCUGGAGAAAAUUUACUUAAUAAUUCAAAAAAUAGGAGCGAGGAAAGUAUUACUUUGCCAUUACCAGGCUUCUCAAAGAAAGAUAUAGAUUAUGGCAACAAUUAUGUUAAAAAUAUUGUAAAUAGCACUGAGGAACUUAAAAAACAACUAAUAAGAGCACAAAAAUCACCGAAAACACUUAUAAGGCAUUUAGUUCAGAAGAAGGGCAAAAAGAGUCCCAAGAAGUACAUUGAACCCGAUUCAAGCAAUAAUUUAGAUACUUUACCUUCUAGGGCGAACCGCUAUUCAAUUCCCGUAGGGAUAACCAAUGGGGUUUGCGAUUAUCAGGAAGCAAGUUUCAAGGGGUCAACUCCUGAAAUUGUUUUAAAAAAGAAAAAGUCUUCUACGGGAGAGUUUUCGCCCAUAGUUGAAAUCUCUGCUGGAAUAUAUGACAUGACUGGGGACGCAAUUAGACAGGAUUCAAUGCUUCAGGCUGAUAUACAAAUGAAAACUAAAUUGAUGGGCUUUAGGGACCAUCCUGGUGCCUUAAAAAAUGAUCUUCGAAAGUCCGAAGAGAACGGAUUGGUUCAGAAGAGCCCCAGUUUUAAAAUAAAACUGAAGACCAAAAAAAAGAUUAGUAUGUCACUUUCUAAGGAGAAACUGACAAGAACUGUUAAUGGAGCUUUAAAACAAAAAAAAGAAGUCAAAAAAGCUUUAAAGAAACCACCUGCCCUGGUUGUGCCAAAAAUGGUUUCUCAGAAAGAAAUGACGAAUGUGCCUGAAAAAAUACCAAAAAAAAGAACUAAAUCCUUAUCGCCAGACACAAAAACAACACCUUCAAAAAAAAGUUCAACGGCAUCGAAAACUCCCAAACAAACCCCUAAAAACGGUGAAACCCCUAACAAGCAAGAAAUUAUUAAAAAAUCCAGUUCCACACCUAAAAGGUGCCCCCCACCCGACAGACAACAAAAAUCCACUGAACCUAAGACAUAUUCAUCUCAAAUGCUUGUUGUUGAGCAAGAGCCUCUAUUCACCAAUACAACCGUAACAUCUCCAAAAAUCCGAGUAAAACCACUUAGAAACCUCACUAAAACCACUCAAAACGACUCGUUUAUAAAAUUCAUCGAUACAACCGUGAGCCCAACUGAUAAUACCGAACCCAGGACGGCAGUGCAAAUGCUCUCGGAUAUGAACUCGCCUCAUACCACAAGAAAUAAUUCCGACCCGGUCAUUUCAUCGUCUCGAAUUCUCGCGGUGGUUCAGUAUCCGGAUAAAAACGUUGUUUCACGUACCAACGGGACUGCCGAUGUCGCACCGUUUCAUCCACAAAUUAUCAACAUCCAAGAAACGUCAUCGCGAGAUGAAGUGAACCUUCCCCAGUUUAUUGCGUUUGACAAGGAAACAGUCACGAAGCCCUUACUGUCUUGUUCGUUGGGUUCGUCCAAGCGAAAGUCGGUCCAUUCGGAGGGCGAAACGGGAUUGUCCAGUUGGCAAACUACAGGCACCAAAUCCAAGAAGGAUCAACAUUCGAUUCAUGUGUCCAGGGACGGCGGCCCGGUGUUAAAGGUGUUUUAUUUGGAUUUCAAUUUGAUUCUCUGUCAGGAGUCUUUGGUGUCUUUUUGGACUCAGACCGCUCUCGGGAACGUUUUAGGGGCUCAGAACAUGUGGAUAAGUAAAGGCAGCAUCCAGAGAUCGGUAAACAAUAACUGCACAAUAAAAGAAUCGUUAGAAAUGGUGGUGACCAGCGAGAACUGCAUCGCUUACGUGGAACUAUGGACCAAAGAGCACUUGAGCGCCAUCAGAGAGGGUCCGGUGGCGGACAUUUUCGCCAUCGUGUACUUUUGGCGGAAAGGUGGCUCCGCGUUAGAAAAAAAGGUGUUGCAGCUGGAAAACAUUAACGGGUUCGCUGACGAUGUGCAAUAUUCGGUAUUAAAGUCUUCACCGAAAAUAAUUGUUAGUUGGCACGUUGCCAGCAACGAGGCCGGUAGCAAGAAAACUCGCGUCCAUAGCCACCAAUUGGCCUCCGACUUUCAGUCUGUAUAUAACAUUAACGAGUUUGAGGCCGUUGAUCAUUACGUAUCGUCUCUGCAUAAUAUCGAAGGUUGUGAGACAUUAAUAAUGGGCUCAGGUGAAAAUAGGAUAACGUUAUGGAAUAUAGAGCAUGGCUACGUGGCGGCUACUAUAGAAAUGUCGGAGUUAAGGUCCCCGCUGGCUACCCUAUGGGUAAAAUGCGAUAGGGGUUUUUUAUUUACUUUACAACAAUGCGUCAAUAGGGAGCUUAGACUAAUUGCCAUCCAUGGAUUGAAUCAUUCAUGGAAGAAGUUGGCCAGUUACGUGCCGCCUGAGGAAUAUGAUCGGUUAAAAAGCGUCUGGCUAGAAAACGGCCUCGUCCUCGCAUUCUAUGAACAAGGAGUGGUCUGUUGGAAUGCGCAAACGGCCGAAACGAUCCUGGAGGCGGCCCACACCGAAUGCGACCACAUAUCCGGCAAAUAUUUAAUAAGCAUCAAUCGGCGGGAUCAGGUGAACGUCAGGCACGCAUUCACGCAUCUCCUGUCGGUCGAAGAAUCGUAAGUCUAUUACUGUUACGCAGAUUUAUAUUAUUGUUUUUCUUUUUUUUUCUUUAAAUUUUAUUGACGAUUAUAUAGAAGUUAAACAAAAACUAGUAAGGAUAGUGUUUUUAGCAACGGUCAAAGUGUAUAUUUUAGAGCAAAUCUCGCAAUUUCCAAAAUAAGUUAUUGUUCAUUUAGAUUCAAAUGUUUAGGUUUUGUAUUAAAGUGUACAUUUUGUACAGCUCUUGUUAUAUAAAAAGAGUCCCAUGAUUAUUCGGUGAUUUCCAUAGUGGGAUAGGUAACGUAAAGCUAUUUUUUCAUUGAAGUAUAAUGGCAUUAUCCUGUUUGAGUUUGUAAAUAUAAUGUAAAUCUAUUUUUCUGUGAUUAUUACAUGUUGCCGUUUAAUCACCUAGUGCAACUUAGUUAAUUAUUAAGUUAUAUUGUUUUUAAAGAACCGAUCUAGAAGUGUAUGUAUCAUUUUUUAUGGACUUAUACGAUAUAAAAUAAAAAUGUUGUUUCAUACUUACU